AUGACACGGAAGCAAUAUGGAAAUGCAAGCAAUAUGUUCAGGGACUUUAUAACACAAGUUGGAACUCUGUCAAAACUAAAUCGAAAACUUUUCAAGAAUGAAGAUGCGUUUUUUCAUGACUUGCCUCUCACAAAUAAUCCUACUGAGGUCACCGCGAGAGUUUACGUCAGUUCGACAAGAAUGAGAAUUUUCAACCUUACCUUCUUGUUCCUUAUCAUCUCGGUGAUUCUCUCUGCUGUGGACGUUGCUGAAGGCAAAAAGAAACCUAAAAGAAAGCCAUGGGAGAUACAGCGACAAUGGUGAAGCACUUAAAGGAAAUUGAUAUCUCGUGCUCGAUUGUCGAUAAACCUUGGCAUUGUGAUUCAAGUAGUGAU